AUGGAUGAAAUAGAAAUUUGUUGCAUAAGUUCUGAAGAAAGUGCAGAUGAAGAACCAACCACAAGUAAAUCUACUAAAAAUAUCACUCCAACACAAACGACUUUUAAAAGAAAUAUAUACGACCUAAAUGAAUUAGAAGAUGAUGAUAUUUGCACAGAAAAUACCGGUACCAAUACAGGUAGCUGCGAUGAUUAUUUGAAAGAGCUUAUUCAAAAGUAUUCACAACAAUCUCCAUCAUCGAGUACGAGCAAUACAAAGAGAAAUAACGUAUGUUCUUAUGAUGAAUCAUUUAACUUCCCAACUUGUAGUAGUAGUACAGAAGAAAGACUUAAUGAAGAUGUUGAAUAUUACAAUUCGUCACAAACAACAGAAUCAUCUCCAAAAUCACCUGCAAAAACUUACGAAUUACUAUCUAGUUCAGAUGAUGAAAAUGAUAAUUCAAUAGAGAGGAAAAAGAUAAAACAGUCGAAUGGUUACAGAACUAAAUCUCCAUUGAGAGAGAACAGAAGUAUAGAAAAAAUCAGUAAAAAAGAACAAUUGGAAAUAGAAAGAACGAAUAAAAGGAAUGAAAAAAUUAGGAAAAAGGAGCAGUUAUUGGAAGAAAAAGCGUUGAAACAAGCACAGAAAAUUGUUGAUAAUAGUUGCAAACAAGCUAAUAACUUAAAGUAUAUCACGAUAAACAUGGACAACUCGAUUUGUGAUGACUCGAGAUAUGGUGGGUACCUCAGAGACUACUUUGAUGAAAAUAAAAUUACAUACAAAAUAAAAACCACUUUACCAGGCUUGAUAAGUUGGACGAGAAAAAUUCUUUCCCUUGAAAAUGAGAAAGUUAAAGAAACGGAAACUCCCGAACAACAUUACGCAGUUAUUAUAAAACCAACAGCAUUUGGAAAUUUAUUGAGUUGUAUACAAAGUAUACAGAAACAAGUCAAUUUCAAGCAUUUGAGUAUAAUAAUUUACGGCCAGACUAAACCUAAUCCAACUCAAGAAGAUGAAAUGACUACUAUUACAUUGCAAUUUCCGACAUAUUGGCAAUUUGUAACAACUAAUGAAAAUUUAGGAAACUUUUUAUUCAUGUUGACGAAAUCAAUUGCACAGAAACCACAUGAGAUGAACCAAGAAUUGCAAUACGAUUACUACGAAGACUGUAAUAGGAAGAAAAUUAAAGUAGACAAAGAUGGUUCCGGGAUGGGGCAAUUAUGGCGACAAAUGUUAACGAUGUUCCCGUUAGUUCGAUUAGAAACUGCAGAAGCCAUAACAGCAGCUUAUCCCACUCCAAGUUCUUUGUUUAGGGCUUUUGAAAACUGCACCGAAUCACCUGAGGAACUCAUUCAAGAUUUACCCAUUAGAAGGGCCCAUGGACCUUCGGUUGCUAAUAAAAAGGUAGGAAUUAAACUUAGUACAAAAUGUUUUAGAUAUUUUACGUUAAAAGACGACGAUUUAGUGUAA